GCGUGGAAAAUUCAUUGAUAAAGCUGCCAUCUAGCGGGGAUACCGGUAACGAAAAGUCACAUGGCUCGUCUCGUUUCGUCCUUUCUGUGAAGAUCUGACAUAAAGCCAGGAUGCAGAUCUUCGUGAAGACCCUAACGGGUAAAACCAUCACCCUCGAGGUCGAGCCCUCCGACUCGAUUGAGAAUGUCAAGGCCAAGAUUCAGGACAAGGAAGGCAUUCCCCCAGAUCAGCAGAGGUUGAUCUUUGCCGGUAAACAGUUGGAGGAUGGCCGCACCCUGUCCGACUACAACAUCCAGAAGGAGUCCACCCUCCAUUUGGUGCUCCGUUUGAGGGGAGGAAUCAUUGAGCCCAGUUUGAGGAUCCUGGCCUCCAAGUACAACUGUGACAAGAUGAUCUGCCGCAAAUGUUACGCUCGUCUGCAUCCCAGGGCCACCAACUGCCGUAAGAGGAAGUGUGGUCACACCAACAACAUCCGCCCCAAGAAGAAGCUGAAGUAGAAGACCAGAUGUCAGAGUUUUGGUGUAAAGUUGAAGAAUAAAACUUCACAACACUU